AUGAAUUUAGGGGCCUGGAAGACAGCGUUGAUACAACAUAAGUUGCUACCAGAAUACGACGAUGUACUCCGCGGGUUUGAGUUUGGCUUUGAUCAAGGUAUCCCUCAACACAAGAUACGUGGGAUGAGAUACUACACACCAGAUAACCACACUUCAUCAGAGAAAGUAAAAGCAAAAGUAGAAGAAUCAAUCAGAAAAGAAAUCUUAGCAAAAAGGAUGUUCGGCCCAUUUCCUCUAAUUGAAAUAAUGGAAAAGUUCGAAUUCUUUCGGUCAAAUCCUUUGGGGGCAGUAGUAAAUGGAGACGGAGCUAUUAGACCAAUUAAUGAUUUAUCCUUUCCAAGGUACGAUCCAGAAGUACGAUCGGUAAACUCAUUCGUCAAUAAACACGACUUCGAAACGACAUGGGACGACUUUCGUAUAGUUUCAGAUUUCUUUGCGAAAGACGAUAGAAAGAUGGAACUAGCGUUGUUCGACUGGGAAAAAGCCUACAGACAAAUUCCUACUCAGAUGGAUCAAUGGAAGUACCUGUUAGUCAAGGAUUUCGACGGCAAUUUUCUUUUGGACACAAGAAUUACUUUUGGCGGCGUAGCAGGUUGCGGUUCUUUUGGACGACCUGCAGACGCGUGGAAACAGAUUAUGAAAGAACAUUUCAAACUACUCAACAUUUUCAGAUGGGUGGAUGAUAAUUUAUUUGUAAGAUUACAAGGCGAAAAGAUAUCGAUGGAAGAAGUUGUCGACAUGUCUUCGCGGUUAGGUGUAUUAACAAACAAAGAGAAAUAUUCUCCUUUUCAAGAUGAACAAAAAUUCAUUGGCUUUGUAUGGAAUGGAGUACAAAAGACGGUGAGACUACCCGAUGGAAAAGUAGAAAAAAGAAUCAGCCAAAUAACUCCUUUCUUGGAAAGUAAGGCCAACUUCGACUACGAAGACGUGGAAAUACUAGUAGGACGUCUGAAUCACGUGGCAUAUAUCUUGCCUCAUCUGAAGUGCCAUCUAUGCUCCUUGUACCGAUGGCUAAUUUCUUGGAGGAUACGGAAGGCUCGGAGGGCUACACCCCCAGACGCUUUCCAAGAUCUGACGUUGUGGGUGGAUACUCUCAAAUCGUUCGAACACACCCGAAUAAUCAAUUACGGACCCCCUGUAGACGUAGGCUGGGUCGGAGACGCCUCUACUUCUUUCGGAAUAGGAAUUCUGAUCGGUAAACGAUGGGCUCAAUUCAAGUUACAGGACCCUCAAUCAAAUCCGCUGCGGAUCUCCUAUUUAGAGACGGUUGCCAUUCGCCUUGGCCUACUGAUGAUUCUGAAACUGAGGAAUCAACGGGGCAAGACUUUGGUAGUGUGGACAGACAACACGACGACCGAAAACGGCAUCAACAACAAGAAAUCGAGGGAUGAGCUGGCGAAUGCAGAAUGGAUGAAAAUACAGAGAAUCCUGAUUGACGAAGGCGUCGAACUACUAGCGAAAAGGGUUUCAUCCAAAGAUAACAAGGCCGACUUGCUAUCCAGGGGCAUUCGUUCAGGACAACAUGUGAAACAACAAGUGGUUAUUGAAAUACCACCUGAUCUCACGGGAAUCCUUUCCCAAGUUGUGUUCCUCAUCUAG